AAGCAGCGCAGCAGAGGAAAGGAGAAGCCGCAGGUCCCCCCUGCGCUCUGUCCUGAGCCCUCCCUGGGGGCAGGAGGAGGAGUGGCGGGCAACUGCGGCAGAGGGAGGCCCCCUGAUGAAGAUGCCGCUGCCCUGGACCUUUGCGCUCCCGCUGCUGCUCCCCUGGGUGGCAGGUGGAUCAGGGAACGCGGCCAGUCCGAGGGAUCACGGCUUGUCGGCACUGGUGCUCCAGCCUGGGGUCUGUCGCUAUGGAACCAAGCUGGCCUGCUGCUAUGGCUGGAGAAGGAGCAGCAAGGGACUCUGUGAAGCUACAUGUGAACCUGGCUGCAAGUUUGGUGAGUGUGUGGGACCAAAUAAAUGUAGAUGCUUGCCAGGAUACACCGGGAAGACCUGCAGUCAAGAUGUGAAUGAGUGUGGAGAGAAGCCCCGGCCAUGCCAACACAGAUGUGUGAACACACAUGGAAGCUACAAGUGCUUUUGCCUCAGUGGCCACAUGCUCAUGCCGGAUGCCACCUGUGCCAACUCCAGGACGUGCGCCAUGACAAACUGCCAGUACGGCUGUGAAGACACGGAGGAAGGGCCGCGGUGCCUGUGCCCGUCCUCGGGACUCCACCUGGCCCCAGAUGGAAAAGUCUGCAUCGAUAUCAAUGAAUGUGCCUCUGGCAAAGCUGUGUGUCCCUACAAUCGAAGAUGUGUGAACACUUUUGGCAGCUACUACUGCAAAUGUCAUGUUGGUUUCGAACUGAAAUAUAUCCGUGGCCGAUAUGACUGCGUAGACAUAAAUGAAUGUGCUGUCAGUACCCACACGUGCAGCCUCUACGCCAAUUGCCUCAAUACCCAAGGAUCUUUCAAGUGCAAGUGCAAGCAGGGAUAUAAAGGCAGUGGACUUCAGUGUUCUGUUAUCCCCGAGAAGUCUGGGAAGGAAGUCCUCAGAGCCCCCGGCACCAUCAAAGACAGACUCAAGAAGUUGCUGGCUCACAAAAACAGCAUGAAAAAGAAGGUAAAAAUAAAAAAUGUCAUCACAGAGCCUGCCGGGACACCUGCCCCUAAGGGUAACCUAUGGCCCUUCGCCUCUGAAGACAGCAUUUCCAGAGAUGAGAACCCGAAUGGAGGAAACAGGGAGACGGAGGAGAGAAUGAAACAGGGGCUGGGGGAAGAGACAAGAGAUGAGACGGCCCUGAAGAAUCACGUGGAGCCGGAGCAAAGCCUUCGAGGAGAUGUGUUUGCCCCUAAGGUGAAUGAAGCAGGUGAACUGGGACUGGUUCUGGUCCAAAGAAAAGCAAUACCAUCCAGACUGGAACACCAAGCAGAUUUAAACAUCUCGGUUGACUGCAGCUUCGACCAUGGGGUCUGUGACUGGAAGCAGGAUGUGGAAGAUGAUUUUGACUGGAGUCCUGUGGACGAAGAGAAUGCCGUCGGCUACUAUAUGGCAGUUCCAGCCCUGGCAGGCCAUGAGAAGGACAUCGGCCGAUUGAAACUUCUCCUCCCUGACCUGCAGCCCCAAAGCAACUUCUGCUUGCUCUUUCAUUACUGGCUGGCUGGAGACAAAGUAGGGAAACUUCGAGUGUUGGUGAAAAGCAGGAACAGUCCUCUGGCAUGGGAGGAGACCAAGAGUGAGGAUGGAAGGUGGAAGACCGGGAAAAUUCAGUUACGUCAAGGGACUGACACUACCAAACGCAUCAUUUUUGAAGCAGAACGCGGCAAGGGCAACACCGGAGAGAUUGCAGUAGACGGUGUCGUGCUGGUGUCCGGCUUGUGUCCCGACGGCCUUUUACCCGUGGGUGCUUGAGUGCUACUGUUGUCUGCUCUGUCUUUAUAUUUGACUUUCAAUGUCACGUGUCUGUGUUUUGAUAUGCCAUCACAGAUGCCCCUCCAUUUUAAAAAUGCAAACUGGAAAAUUGCAAUGUACCAACACAAACAUUGUUGUAAGAUGCCUUUCUUGUAGACAGGCAUCAAUAUUCGCUUUAAAUUCAUUUCUGGGUUGGUAAAAUGUGGAAAUGUCCGUUCAGCCCCCAUGUAUCUCCUAUGUCUACAUGUAUGAAUGAACCUCUCUACACAACAUUUCUAGAGUUGCAAAAAAAACAAAACGGAGGAAUGUUUAACUGUGUGGCUUUUGUGGCACAUCUUAGAAGCUAUGACAUCACGGACAGACUUUUACCUAAGUGGCUUAACCAGAUCUUUUGUAGCCAAACUUGUGUAUUUAAAUUCUUUGUAAUAAUAAUAUCCAAAUAAUCACCUUGUCUCAUGGCUUAAGUUCUUUCUAAGUAAGAAACUGUGGUUGUUUGAUUUUGUGCUUAGUUAUGUGUAUGGUUAUUUGCUUUGCUGGAAAACAUGGUUUUUAUUCUUUCUCCAUGGAAACACUUUACAUUCUUAAAAAUUCUUAAAAUGACUACCUAUUAUGGGAACACAUGACUACUUUAUUAGGCCUCAUAACUGCAAUGAAAAUUAGCUUAAAUUAUUGAAUUCAAGGCCUCGGAGAACAUAAAACUAAAUUAAGCAGGCAACAGGAUUCGAAAGAAAGAUGGAUGCCUUUUUCUCUGUUUCUCUUCUUCCAAAUUCAAGAGCAGCUUUGUGUGGUAAUGAAUCCUGAGUGAAUUCUCUGAGGAUGAGAGGAUAUUCUGCUUUAAGAUCCCGAAUCACGAAUUGCUCCAGGAUAGCUUCCAAAUAAAAGGUUCCCUAGAUAUUUGCUGGCUCUCCCCUAAAGCAGUGAAAGCAUUGGGCCAUAGGAGGAAGGAAAGAGAGAAGGUGGUCCCUUAUUAAUCUUUAAUAUUUGUAGCCUCACUCUUAAAGUUCUUUAAUACUGAAUCUCUUGGGGGGUGGGGUGAGGAAACAUUGUUUUUCUUUAGUGUGAAAG